AUGCGUGACUGGUUUCUACCAUGGUACGAGGUGCAAUUGAACAGUACGCAAUACUUCAAGAGAGGGGGGUUUGGAGAAGUCUACCACGGCGAAUGGAUGGGAUCUAAGGUAGUGCUCAAGAAAUUGCAUCCCGAAAAGUUUGAUGAAUCGACAUUCAUCCGAGAAGUGGAGAUCUGGUUCAAGUUGUCCCAUCCGAACGUGCUGAAGCUCUUUGGUGCUUGCCACGUCGGGCAGCAAUUCUUCGUGUCCGAGUGGGCGGGCCACGGCCAGUUGGACGCCUAUCUGAGGGAGCAUCGUAACCUCGUGUGGGAGAAGCUGCACGAGGUUGCGCUUGGGCUGCAGUAUCUUCACGCAAACAUGAUCAUCCACUGCGAUCUGAAGUGCAACAACAUACUGGUGGGUUUGGACGGCAAGGCAAAGGUGUCAGACUUUGGACUCAGCUCAAUCUCGCGCGACACAGAGGUAGACACGGCACAGCAGACAUUUGGGAACGUGAGGUGGGCAGCGCCUGAAGUGAUGGGAGGGGCGGCUCCCUCGCGUGAGUCCGAUAUCUACUCGUUCGGCAUGUGCAUCAUCGAGGCAAUCUCAGGCAGACUGCCGUAUUUUCACAUACGCGAUCUGGCAGAGAUACGCCCACGUGUACUAAGAGGAAGAUUUCACCAUCAGCCGGAAGAAUUCGAGAGCAAGGCCCACUGGGAGCUGGUGCUGAAGUGCUGCGAGUACGAUAGCUCCAAGCGUGCUUCGCUGCCAGAAAUU